CUCAAUCGGCUCUGAGCAGCUGCCGUUCCCUCUCACUAUUAAAGGCAGCUCAGAGGCCGAAACAGAGGCAUCAGGAAAAGGCUGGGAUCGGGCAUGGGGCAAACUGUCCCAAUGAUCAGCCACCAGGGUUAGAAAUCCACAGCCCUGCCUGCACUCCAAACACUACCAGCGGCACAUCAGCACAACUCAGCUGCAAAACGCGCGGAGAGACCGGGAUCUAUCAGCUGCCGACUGGGAGAAAGAGAUUUCCAUUUCAGCUGAGAUCAAAGAGACAGGGCUGCUUAACAAGGACCCAGGAAAGGAAUAGAUGGCAGGACAAACAGGAGCAGCAGCAGCAGCUACGCCAUCACCCACUGCAGCUCGAACCCGGGUAGAUCCACUGGUCAAGAUCUCACUAGUCAAGGGUCAUUCGUUGGAUCAGCUAAGGAGGAAGAAAGACACCGAGCGAUUGCUUCGAACCCUCAAGCACCUGAUCAAGAAGGAGCGAGUCAGUGUGAUUCAUAAACCGGCCUUGACAACCAGGCCCAGUCCCCACCCUCACUCGGGCCUAGCGAGCUUUGAUGGGCUGACUCCUGCUGCCAGCCCAUCAUGUGACCCGUGGCAGGCGGCCAAGCAGAUGGACCUCCAGGCGUCCGACCCCCUGGGGCAGGCCUCUCUGUCCCCGGGCGGGGAUUUCCCGUCCACCGAGGCUGUGGAGAUGGAACUGAGGGAGGCCGAGAGCCUGGGCCGGCCGACUCCAGCCUGUGAGGCCCCGGCCUUGGCCGAGGACGAGAUGAGCCUGGACCGUCUCCUGGAUGUCCUGACCCAGCUGCAGUAUCACACGCGCCAGGACGAUGGGGUGUGGAUCUGCUCCCGGUUCCUAGUGGGCUGCUGUCCCAGUGGAGACUGCUGUCCAUUCCACCACACCGCGUUACCCUAUCACUGGCAGCUGAGGAGGGCCGAUAGCCAGCGCUGGGAGAGCGUGCAGGAGGAUGCCCAGGAGACACUCGAGAGGCUCUACUGUGACCCAGUUAAAGAGAAAAUAACCCUUCACUACAGGGGUCAGAGUUUCACCGCAGACUUUGACCAAAUGACCAUUCAGGACAAGACAUUUGACAGGUUGAGGCGGCUGAGCACCGCAGACGUCGACCCCUUUGACAUCUUCCGCACAAUCUGGAAAUACUACUGGAGAGACACGUUUGAAUGGAAGGAGUACUUGCAGUCACUUUCCCAGUAUUUUGAAGAAGCCCUUCAACAAGGCUUUGGUGUGAGAUACUUCAUGAUCAACCAGAGUCAGAGAUACAAAGUGGACCUCAACGUUGGAUAUCAGCAGAACAUCACCUCAGGCACAAAGAGAACCAUCCGGAAGCGGCCUCUCUUCCAAUCAAUUGUCACCCUCCUACCCUACCUCAAGACGUUGUCUGGAUCAUCAGAGACAAACUCAUCUCCGUCUGAUGCCACCUUGCUAGCUGCUGCCAGAGCAGCUUCUCCCGACUGUGAACGGACCUACCCGGAGACCUGGAUUCCCAUGGACCCCAGUGUGGACUUUAUCAAGGUGCCCAUGGCCCUGGAUGACAAGGCUUACAGGGUAGUGUACAACCUCUUCCACAAGACCAUGCAGGAAACAAAAUUUGUCAUCCUGAGUAUAUUACGGGUGCAAAACCAAUUCCUCUGGGACAAGUACACCAGGAAGAAGCUGUACAUGGCUCGCAGGAUGCCGAAGGAGGAGAGAAUGCUGAGUGAGAAGCACUUGUUCCACGGGACAUCCCAGCCCUCCAUUGAUGGCAUCUGCAAGCACAACUUUGACCCUCGAGUGUCUGGGAGACACGCCACCCUCUAUGGUCAGGGCAGUUACUUUGCCCGGAAGUCCAGUUAUUCCCACAGGUACGCCCAGCGUUCCGAGGAAGGAGUCCAUUAUAUGUUUCUGUCCAAGGUUCUGGUUGGCAAGCACACGGUGGGGAAACCGGCCAUGCGGAGACCCCCCCCUGUCAUCCCCAAUGACCCCAGCAGCGACCUUUUCAACUCUUGCGUGGACAGCGUUUACGACCCACAGAUCUUCGUCUUGUUCGACAAUGACCAAUGUUUUCCUUAUUUUGUGGUGAAGUACAAAGAGGUGGAGGACAGCGUCAUUGUUAGAUGAUGGGCUGCCCCUUGCCUCCUCUGUCGCCACCGUGUGGGACUCGCUUGUGAUGCCACCAGCCGGAAGGGCAAGGGGCAGCUCGGUGCACAGGAACGCCGGCAAAUCCGAGUCUCGCACCAUCCCAACUUGGAACUAUUAUCAGUCACCAUCGCAACCCUGGAGCUCCCUCCCUUCCUGUACCUACACCACAGGGACUGCAGCGGUUCAAGAAGGCAGCUCACCCCCACCUUCUCAAGGGGAAAUUAGGGAUGGGCAAUAAAUGCUGGGCCCAGCCAGCGACAUCCACAUCCCGUGAAUGAAUAAUGUUUUUGAAAAAAUCUGGGGUCUGUGGGAACAAAGAGACAGGUGAGCCAGCAGUGCCUCCUGAUUCUCAUCUAUCUCCUUUCCUCCAUUUCCAUUCCCUUGGCCUGGAUUCUCCUGCCUUCCUUGGCACUGCCCCUAAUUAGGGCCUGACCAUCCCAGGAAUCCGCUUUCAUUUCUUCCUCUCCCUCACGUCCUAGGACAAAACAAGUCAGUGUUUGGUAGAACGAAUCCGAGGUCCUUUGACUGGUGCUCGAGGACUUUUCCUCUCUUGAUCUCCUUCGGAAAGGGUGGAUGCCAUUCAGCCCCUCGCCUGCCCUGCCAUCUGAUGGAUUAUGGCUGAUCUGGACUUCCUCUGUGACAGUGGACCUGAUGCUCCAUCUCAGGAACACAGGGGUUGUAAAGACCAAGAGUCGUCUCAUUUGUUUUCUAGCAUCCUGGUAGUCACAUGACCCAAUGAUAAUGGAGCUAUUGACCAAUCGCAGUGAUCGACCUCUAUCAGUGAGUCUACAACCGGCUCAGGCAGGAGAGUGAGGAACACCAACCCCCCUGCCCUAGCCCAGAGUUACCUGUUCCCCUCAAACACGACAGAGCCACACAAUCAAAUUCUUCCUGUACCGUACCAUCCCAAAAUCUUAUUGGUUGAGGGAAGACUCCUCUUGUCUUUCUAAACGCGCAAGGUGAUUGGAUAACUGGGCAGGUCAGAGUCCUGCAGAAACCGACACUAAAAUCAGUUCUGCAGGUGAUACCUUCUCCCAGGUAAACUCUUCAUCUCAUCAAUACAGUGUUUGAAAGGCCCACAAGGUCCCUGUCUCCCCCUCUCCCUGUCUGUCUCGCUCUUACCCCCAGCCUGAUUGCGGUUCCACUGUUCUGGGCUCCUCACCUGCAGCCUCCUGUUAAACUGCUGCUGAGAGUCAGUUGACACGUUCCUGAGUCCUCUCCCUGUUCUUGCCCUCUUUCUCCCCUUACCCUCCCACCGCCCCCCACAAUCCCCCACAUCGAAACAUCCAGGAGAGUGAUCCCUAUGUAGUGUCUGCCAUUAACAGAAUCAGGGAAUCUUACAGCACAAGAGGAGACCAUUCAGCCCAUCAUGCCUGUGCCAGCUCUUUGAAAGAGCUCUCCGAUUAAUCCCAUUCCUCCCAAGCUCUUUUCCCCAUAGCCCUGCAAAUUUUUCCCCU